AAAGGCUUUCCUUCAGGAUAACAGGAAAAACGACCACCUCACCUCAGCUUCUCUCUCCCCGCAAUGGCAGCCGCGGCCGCAGCUCUCAGGCCCCAUACCACCCUCCUCUCCGGCGGCAGCGGCCCAAUCCCCAGCACAACCCUUCAAGUCCUGCCCUUCCUUUCCACCCUUACCUUUCGCCGCCGUGGCCGCAGCGUACUCGUCUCCAACGCCUCGUCGUCCCCGUCUUCGCCACCGACGCCGGAGAAGGAGGCGGUGGCCGAGGCGGUUCCGGUGCCUACCGCGGAAUCCUGCGUCAACCUCGGCCUCGAGCUUUUCUCCAAGGGCAGGGUGAGGGAUGCUCUUGAGCAAUUUGAGAAUGCCUUGGAGCUGAAUCCAACACCUAUUGAAGCCCAGGCAGCCUUGUAUAACAAGGCAUGCUGCCAUGCAUAUAGAGAAGAAAGCAAAAAGGCCGCAGAAUGUUUAAGGACAGCUUUGCGGGACUACAAUCUCAAAUUUGGCACCAUACUUAAUGAUCCAGACUUGGCGCCAUUCAGAGCAUCACCAGAAUUUAAGGAACUUCAAGAAGAGGCUUUGCGUGGUGGAGAAGAUAUUGGUUCUGGGUUCCGAAGAGACCUGAAACUCAUUAGUGAAGUACAAGCACCAUUCCGUGGUGUCCGAAGAUUCUUCUAUGUAGCUUUAACAGCAGCAGCUGGAAUUUCAACAUUCUUUACCAUUCCCCGACUUAUACUAGCAGUUCAAGGAGGUGAUGGUGCUCCUGAUCUUCUGGAAACUUCUGGGAAUGCUGCCAUCAAUAUUGGAGGUAUUGUUGUGCUUGUGGCUUUGUACUUCUGGGAAAACAAGAAAGAAGAGAAGCAAAUCACACAAAUUUCUCGUAAUGAAACCCUUUCAAGAUUACCUGUACGCCUGUCAACCAAUCGCAUUAUUGAGCUUGUUCAACUCCGGGACAUUACUAGGCCAGUUAUAUUGGCAGGUUCGAAAGCAUCUGUUACUCGGGCCCUACAAAGAGCUGAGAGGUACCGGACUGAACUGCUCAAACGAGGUGUUCUUCUAAUUCCAGUGAUAUUUGGUGCUUCUCAGAAAGACCAAACCAAACCAAGGGGUUUUGGUACAAGAAGAGCUGCUGCAUCAGCUCCUUCAGUUGGGGGUGACUUUGAAAAGCGUACUGAAUCUAUUGCGGCAAAGUCACGUUUGAAAGCUGAGGUUCGGUUUAAGGCAGAUGUUGUCUCUCCUGAACAAUGGGAAAGUUGGAUACGUGACCAGGAAGAGUCUGAAGGCGUCACUCCUGGUGAAGAUGUCUACAUAAUCCUUCGUCUGGAUGGCCGUGUCAGAAGAUCUGGAAUAGGUAUGCCAAACUGGAACGACAUACUGCAAGAACUGCCACGACUUGAAGAUCUUAUGAGCAAACUUGAACGGUGAAAAAGGUUUUAACCUCCGUUGUCAGUAACAAACAGUUUAUUGGUAGAGAAACAGGAAUAUGGUUUAUGGUAAACCGAUCGGAGGUGCGGUCGCCAAUGGGUUGAAUAUAUUCUGUUCCUGGAACUUCAGUGCUGAUGGUCGCUUCUCACAAACCAACUAAUCUAAGUAGAGAGGAACCAAUCCAAUCUAUCCAAAUUAUAAAAUUCACGGAUUGCUCAUGAUGCCCAA